AAGGCUGAUGCCCACGAGCCCUAGCCCUAAGCACAAAAGGCCUUGCUAACUGGCGUCCCGCGUUGCCCUUGGCAACCAUUGAGCGGACCCUUGCUCUCUUGACCCUACGAUGCGAAAGUAAACGGCGCCCCCAUUGGCUGGCAGGGGAAGACAGGCCAAUCGGAGAAGAGGUUAUAGGGAGGCAGCUGAGCUAGAAUGGGGGGGGAUAGGAAGCUAGGGUUAGAGGCAACCCGUGAGGUUAGAACCCCGAGCGUGGUCGGUUGGAGCAAAUAUGUCUGUCCGGAGGCACAUUGGGAAUCCUGAGUAUUUGACCAAAAGGAUACCACAGAACCCAAGGUAUCAGCAUGUCAAGUCAAGACUGGACACCGGUAACAGUAUGACUAAAUACACUGAGAGGCUAGAAGAGAUCAAAAAAAAUUAUAGGUACAAAAAAGAUGAGCUUUUUAAGAGACUAAAAGUUACAACUUUUGCCCAGCUGGUCAUCCAAGUUGCUUCCCUAUCUGAUCAAACACUGGAAGUGACAGCCGAGGAGAUUCAGAGGCUAGAAGACAACGACUCUGCAACUUCAGACCCUGAUGCUGAAAUCACUGCCAGGACCAAUGGGAAAGGGAGCCCGGAUGAGCAGUCACCUAGUCCUGUCCAGUUCAUAAACAGCACGGGAGCAGGGGACUCCAGUCGCUCAACUCUUCAGAGCGUCAUCAGUGGUGUUGGGGAACUGGAUCUGGACAAAGGGCUAGUGAAGAAAGCAGAGCCCAAUACCAAAGACAGACCUUAUCCUGACUGUCCCUUCCUGCUGCUAGAUGUGCGUGAUAGAGACUCUUACCAGCAGUGCCACAUUGUUGGAGCUUACAGUUACCCAAUUGCAACUCUGUCUAGAACAAUGAACCCUUAUUCAAAUGAUAUUCUUGAAUAUAAAAAUGCCCACGGCAAGAUCAUCAUUCUGUAUGACGACGAUGAAAGACUGGCCAGCCAGGCAGCCACCACCAUGUGUGAGCGGGGAUUUGAAAAUCUCUUCAUGCUUUCCGGAGGUCUAAAAGUCUUAGCUCAGAAAUUCCCAGAAGGACUAAUUACUGGUUCCCUGCCAGUGCACUGCCAGCAGGCCCUUCCUCCUGGUUCUGCCCGGAAACGAUCCAGCCCCAAAGUGCCGCCCCUACCAGCUGAGAAUAAAUGGAGAUUUACCCCAGAAGACUUAAAAAGGAUAGAAUAUUAUCUGGAAGAGGAUCAGGGUCCUGCAGAUAAUUCUAGCCGGCUGAACCAAGCUAACUUCUCCGGAAGAGACUCCAAGGUGCCUGGUGUCCGCAGUGGUCAGAACCUGCCUGCCGGGAGCCCUGCCGGGAGCCCUGCCAGCCACUCGAACCCGCGCUCACUCAGCAGUGGACACCAGCAAGGCAAACCCUGGAAGUAAAGACUUUGUCUCCCUUAGUCAAAUAAAAUAAAUGUUUUUUCUCUUUUCGGAACCCCUGAGCAGUUCCCAAUUUGGUCAUUUUCAGAAACUGCUGCAGAGGAAAGCCUGGGACAUGUGGGAUAGGCCCUCUUCCCUCUCCCCGUGUCCAGUUCCGCUCCCCUCGGCCGACAUGGGAGGGAUUUUGACAGGUGACCACAAAAAUCAGAGGCCUGACAGGCUCCAGUGUCUCCCUUAUUGUUUACAGAAUAUUUAAGUCUUUUGAAACCGAAAAGGAAAAAAAAGUCUAAUUGAGUGGAGGAGUAGGCUUUUUAAAAUAAUAAUAAUAAUGAUGAUGAUAAUAAGGUCCCGCUUGUUUGAGCUAUAUCCUGUGUUGUUCUGUAAAUACUUCAGUCACAUCUGCCGGUGUGUUCUCCCCAGUCAGUUUUUCCAUUCACUGUUCUUGAUUUCAUGAAGGAUUCCCCAGGUAGGCUUGGUGCAAGAAGCUGUCCCCAAGGUGCAGAUGAGUCUUAAGUCCCAGCCACGCGCGGGCCCCACACUGAGCUCGGGCUCCCCGGCUGCGCAGCUCUCUGCCCAGCACAGCGCGGUCUGUCGUGAGUCCGGAGGCCAGUGCCUGUGAGCAUCACCCAGUGUUACGGUUUAGCAGAGUAGCUACACACUUACCGAACGUUCCCCUCGCUGGAUGUUUUCCUGGAACCAGAAAGGUGUACGCUCAACUGUCUUCACCCCCCGGAGGAGGGCCUCUCCCGGGAAAGCCCUGGCCAUUGUGCAGGUCUGUGUUGAGAUCCCCGCCAGGCCCCCCGGAGCAGGCCCUCCCUUGUGGUCGGUAUAGCAGUUGUGAAUUUCCACUGCCCAGCUUGGGCCCAUCCACGUGAGGUGGAUAGAAAUUAUGGCCACUUGAAAAUAUCAGCUUCAAUUAGACAACUGGAGACCCACAAGGUGAGCAGGACCCCGAAGUCCUUUGUGAGGGCUGGCAGCCCCCGAAGCCCUUGCUUAGGAAUACAGUAUUAGUCUAAUUGAGUAAUUAGUGCAAUUUCCUGCUUACUUUUCAUUCUCAUGACUGAGCUGUGAUUAGGAAGUUGUGAUUAUAGAUUCUGGUUUUGGCCGGAAUUUUGAAUCAGCAUUAAUUGAAUUGCUAGAUGACUGACAUUCAUUCCAUUUAAUUGGGGGAACAAAAGACCUCAGGUAAGGAUGAGGGACUCUGAAAUUACAUGGAAAAAGAAAAGAGCCUUGUUAAUUUUUAUGGUCUGUGAUCGUAGCUGUGAUAAGGGACCAAGAAAUAAAUUGUGCUCUUUGUCAUGGCAACCGGCUUCUUAAAAGCCAACUGAAAAUUGCCUGUCCCGCUGGUUACUGCUGCUGGCUAAGAUCUGCCUUCACGGUACUAUUUUCUCUCCACCUUAAAAAAAAAAAAAAAAAAAAAAAA